AUGGCACUGGCAAGAAUAGCAAGACAUGGUGGUUAUAGACGAUCUUUUGGUGCCAUUAGCAAUACUGCUACCGAAAGGUAUCAACUGUGCGGGGGAGAAUCUGCACAUAAGUGCCAUUCACCUUUCAGUGGAAAUGUUACGGGCUGUGGCAAUUUAUUUAGCAUUAAAAAGGCAGAGCAUAUCAGUUUUGGAAGCAGGGGAAUGAGGGUGACUCCACAACAUAAUUUUCCUCAUGCACAAAUAGCUGUGGAAGAAUCUGAUUCAGAGCAAGAAAGCCCCCAAUAUCCUACUUUAGAAGCAACGAAGCCUGGUGAAAAGCCUAGAGUAGUUGUUCUUGGUAGUGGAUGGGCGGCUUGUAGAUUCCUCAAAGGGCUCGACACAAAGAUUUAUGAUGUGGUUUGCAUAUCACCGAGGAAUCACAUGGUAUUUACACCCCUGCUUGCCUCAACUUGUGUUGGAACUUUGGAAUUCCGAUCAGUUGCUGAGCCGGUCAGUAGGAUACAGACUGCACUGGCUAAAGAUCCCAAUUCUUACUUCUUUCUAGCUUCAUGCAGUGAAGUGGACACGGACAAGCAUGAAGUGUACUGUGAGACCAUUGGUGAUGGAGGACUUUCUCGUGAACCUUACCGAUUUAAAGUUGCUUACGACAAGCUUGUCAUUGCUUCUGGAGCUGAGCCCUUGACCUUUGGUAUAAAGGGCGUUAAGGAUCACGCCUUUUUCCUUCGUGAGGUGACUCAUGCCCAAGAAAUAAGGAAGAAACUUCUGUUAAACCUGAUGCUAUCUGAAAAUCCAGGAACUUCAGAAGAAGAGAAGGAACGUCUGCUACAUUGCGUUGUAAUUGGAGGUGGACCUACUGGGGUGGAAUUCAGUGGCGAAUUGAGUGAUUUUAUCAUGAGAGAUGUCCACCAGCGAUAUGCUCAUGUCAAAAACUACAUUCGUGUUACGCUCAUUGAGGCGAAUGAGAUUUUGUCAUCAUUUGAUGACGGAUUAAGGCAAUAUGCUACAAAGCACUUAACAAAGGUUGGAGUUCGCCUUGUACGAGGUGUUGUCAAGGAGGUGCAUCCAAAUAAGAUCAUUCUUAGUGAUGGAAGUGAUGUUCCUUAUGGCCUCCUUGUCUGGUCUACUGGAGUUGGUCCCUCCGAAUUUGUUAAAUCGCUAAAUCUCCCCAAAUCUCCUGGUGGAAGAAUUGGAGUUGAUGAAUGGCUACGAGUUCCAUCCAUUGAAGAUGUGUUUGCACUUGGAGAUUGUGCCGGUUUUCUUGAACAGACAGGGAGGCCAGUUCUUCCAGCUCUAGCUCAGGUUGCAGAACGGGAAGGGAAAUUUCUUGUUGAAUUGUUCAACAGAUUUGGAAAGAAUGGAGGCAAGGCUUUCUCUGCAAAAGACAUUGCUCUAGGAGAGCCAUUUGUGUACAAGCAUCUUGGAAGCAUGGCGUCUGUUGGGCGUUACAAGGCACUGGUUGAUCUUCGUCAAUCCAAGGACACAAAGGGAAUUUCAUUCGCGGGAUUCAUAAGCUGGUUGAUAUGGCGCUCUGCUUACCUGACUCGAGUCUUAAGCUGGAGGAACAGAUUUUACGUCGCUGUUAACUGGGGAACAACACUGGUCUUUGGCAGGGAUAAUACAAGAAUAGGAUGA